GGGAGGCGGAGCCAGGCGUCUCUGGGAGCCGAAGAAGGAGCGCCCAGCAGCGGAUGAGACGGUGCUGAAAGACGGGGAGCGACGCCGGUCUGAAAAGGGGGGGGCUACACGGACUUCUACAUAAUAUAAUUAUUAAUAUUAACGAGGCGAUGUUUCGCCACCGGAUUACCCUUCGUCGAGAUGAACACGGUCGUGUGCGGUAAUAAUAAUACGGGAACGGGAUCUCGGGAUGCUGAGGACGCUCUCCAAGCCCCGGACGCGUGACGGUGGACGGCGGGGGUAAGACGGGGUGUGCGCGGCGCGGUCACGGUGCGAGCCGGCCCGGCUAUCUCCACUCCCACCGACCGCUAGCUCCUUACACUUCGAGCCAGCCGACCAUUUUACAUUUUUAACAGCCUCAGUUUAGUAAACGAGGGUAUCGUACUAAAAAAAAAACACAAUCGUGUGAAAUUAACACCCUGGGAGUGUUAUAUAUUAAGGUAGGGAAGAGGCGGUGGCUUCAAGAGGGAUACGCGGGCGACCUACUACCAAAGACGGGUUUUUUCCCCCUGCAAGGAAUAUCCACGCCCCGGAGUCUGAUACAUCCAUCCUAUUACUCUAGCUAGCUGGCUAACCUCACUCCCAUCCUAGCUAGCCAUCUCCCCAAUCCUAUGACACUAGCUAGCCCUCUCUCCAUCCUAUUAUUCUAGCCAUUUACAUCCAUUAUACCCCACUAGCCAGCCAUCUCCAUCCUAUUCCUCUCCAGUAACCCCCAGUGGGUGAGCCAUUUCUACCGUUAUAUCGCCUAAGCUAGCCAUCCCUCCAUCCUAAUAAUCCAGCCCAGGUGGCUAGCCAUCUUUCCCCACCAGUGCUGGCUAGCAUUCCCAGUAAAAGGAGCCCACUAUAAGGUGGGGCCGAGGACUUGACAACCUCUCCCCCUGCACCGGGGAACCGGUUCGGUAUCCCGGCUAGCGGGCUAAGCAGCCAGCCUGCCCCGGCGUACAGGCUGGCCGUCCGGGACUCACCCCAGCUCGAGACCCGCUGGUCCGCCUGUCAUUGACAUUGGAGGAAGGGUUGUGGGUAAAGGGAAGAAGACACUUGGAUAAGGCCGUGUGUGUGUGUGUGUGUGUGUGUGUGUGUGUGUGUGUGUGUGUGUGUGUGUGUGUGUGUGUGUGUGUGUGUGUGUGUGGACAUCGGUGGCCCUCGGGCCUGGCCCGAGUAAGACACACCGGAGGUAGAGAGGCGGAGACCUCGUCAGGGGCUGUCGCUCCAGACCCCCUGCCCCGGGAGGAGGACUCGACAUCGGGGGAGACCACUGGGUCUUUCACCUACCUUGCGAGACCAUGGCGGACGACGACGUCCUCUUCGAGGAUGUGUACGAGCUGUGCGAGGUUAUUGGGAAGGGUCCCUUCAGCGUGGUGCGCCGCUGCAUCAACAGGGACACGGGCCAGCAGUUUGCCACCAAGAUCGUGGACGUGGCGAGCUUCACGUCCAGCCCCGGCCUCAGCACCGAGGGUAAGGACUGCACGCACACAUGCACAGACGCACCCAACGUCACGCACGCUGCGUCAAGUCCGGCACGCGCACGUGUGCCGUCACUCACCCACAGACGGACGUGUGCGUGUGUGUGUGCGCGUGCGUGUGCGUGUGUGUGCGUGUGUGUGUGUGCGUGUGCGUGUGCGUGUGCGUGUGCGUGUGCGUGUGCGUGUGCGUGUGUGUGUGUGUGUGUGUGUGUGUGUGUGUGCGCCCCCCCCCAGCCCCACUGCGUCCUGCUGGCCUCCAAAGAGAACUCUGCUCCGGUCAAACUGGGGGGCUUUGGCGUGGCCAUCCAGCUGGGGGAGUCCGGUCUGGUGGCUGGAGGCCGUGUGGGCACCCCCCACUUCAUGGCCCCCGAGGUGGUGAAGAGAGAGCCGUACGGUAAGCCGGUGGACGUGUGGGGCUGCGGGGUCAUCCUCUUCAUCCUGCUCUCCGGCUGCCUGCCCUUCUACGGCACCAAGGAGCGGCUGUUUGAGGCCAUCAUCAAGGGGAAGUACAAGAUGAAUCCGCGCCAGUGGAGCCACAUCUCGGAGAGCGCCAAAGACCUGGUGAGACGCAUGCUGAUGCUGGACCCCGCCGAGAGGAUCACCGUGUACGAGGCCCUCAACCACCCCUGGCUCAAGGAGAGGGACAGGUACGCCUACAAGAUCCACCUGCCAGAGACGGUGGAGCAGCUGAGGAAGUUCAACGCCCGCCGCAAGCUGAAGGGCGCGGUCCUGGCCGCCGUGUCCAGCCACAAGUUCAACUCGUACUACGGGGACCCCCCAGAGGAGAUGCCCGACUUCUCCGACGACCCCACCUCCUCCGGAUUGCUAGCGGCCGAAAGGGCCGUGUCCCAGGUGCUGGACAGCCUGGAGGAGAUCCACGCGCUGACGGACUGCAGUGAGAAGGACAUGGACUUCCUGCACAGCGUCUUCCAGGACCAGCACCUCCACACACUGCUGGACCUCUAUGAUAAGAUCAACACGCGGUCCUCCCCCCAGAUCAGGAACCCCCGCGACAGUGUGCAGAGAGCCAAGGAGGUUCUAGAGACCAUCUCCUGUUACCCAGAGAACCUGGAGGCUAGGGAGCUGAGAAGAAUCCUCACCCAGCCACACUUCAUGGCGCUGCUCCAGACCCACGAUGUGGUGGCCCACGAGGUGUACAGCGACGACGCCCUGAGGGUCACGCCCCCGCCCACCUCGCCCUACCUCAACGGGGACUCCCCGGAGAGCGCCGCCGGAGACAUGGACCUGGAGAACGUGACCCGCGUCCGCCUGGUGCAGUUCCAGAAGAACACAGACGAGCCCAUGGGCAUCACUCUGAAGAUGAACGACCUGAACCACUGCAUCGUGGCCCGCAUCAUGCACGGCGGCAUGAUCCAUCGGCAAGGGACCCUGCACAUCGGAGACGAGAUACGAGAGAUCAACGCCAUCAGCGUGGCCAAUCAGACUGUCGAACAGCUCCAGAAGAUGCUUAGGGAGAUGCGGGGCAGCAUCACCUUCAAGAUCGUUCCCAGCUACCGCUCACAGUCAAUGUCCUGCGAGAAGGAAUCUCCGGACAUGUUCCAGCAGUCCCCGGCCAAUGGACACGCCAGCGUCACCAGCUCCAUCCUGGACCUGCCGUCGACCAUCCAGCCCAAAGGCCGCCAGAUCUACGUGCGUGCCCAGUUUGAGUACGACCCCACCAAGGACGACCUCAUCCCGUGCAAGGAGGCGGGCAUUCGCUUCCGCGUGGGCGACAUCAUCCAGAUCAUCUCCAAGGACGACCACAAUUGGUGGCAGGGCAAGCUGGAGAACACCAAGCACGCCACCGCCGGACUCAUUCCCUCUCCGGAGCUGCAGGAGUGGCGAGUGGCGUGCAUCGCCAUGGAGAAAACCAAGCAGGAGCAGCAGGCGAGCUGCACCUGGUUUGGCAAGAAGAAGAAGCAGUACAAAGACAAGUACCUGGCCAAGCACAACGCAGUCUUCGACCAACUAGACCUGGUGACGUACGAAGAGGUGGUCAAACUGCCGUCGUUCAGGAGGAAAACACUUGUUCUGCUGGGGGCCCACGGAGUCGGCCGGAGGCACAUCAAGAACACUCUGAUCACCAAGCACCCCGACCGCUUCGCCUACCCCAUUCCUCACACCACCCGGCCCCCCAAGAAGGACGAGGAGAACGGGAAGAACUACUACUUUGUGUCCCACGACCAGAUGAUGCUGGACAUCAGCAACAACGACUACCUGGAGUACGGCAGCCACGAGGACGCCAUGUACGGCACGCGGCUGGAGACCAUCCGCCAGAUCCACGGCCAGGGCAUGAUCUCCAUCCUGGACGUGGAGCCGCAGGCGCUGAAGAUCCUGAGGACCGCCGAGUUCGCCCCAUAUGUGGUAUUCAUUGCGGCGCCCAACAUCACGCCCGGCAUGACAGAAGACGACUCCCUCCAGAGGCUGCAGAAGGAGUCCGAGACCCUGCAGAAGACCUACGCCCAUUACUUCGACCAGACCAUCAUCAACAACGAGAUCGACGACACCAUCCGCCUGCUGGAGGAGGCUGUGGACCUGGUGUGCACCACCUCCCAGUGGGUGCCCGUGUCCUGGGUGUACUAGCCGCAGAAACGCGCGACACGACUCACUAAAGAGACGCACACCUCGCGGCCGUCAUUGUCGGAGGCUUCACCGUUCCGAUCCCCCCCACCCCGAAGCCCCCCCCUCUGUGAUCAAGGCUACAUCCUCGGUUUUUGUUUGUUUCGGUUGUCAUCUCCUCCGGAGGGGCGGGGCUUCUGUACAUAGACAUGUUGUGAGAAAAAGACGUAGGGCGAAGAAUCAAGAGCGGCGAAGAACCGCCACGCCGUGACCAUGACGACGUCGCCGCCGCCGCCGUGACCAUGACGACGCCGCCGCCGCCUUGUUCCUCCCCCCGUACUCCUCCCCCCCCCCCUAUUCCGACCGGCCUUCGACGGGCACCUUGGUGUGUGUGUGUGUAUAUAUAUACAUAUAUAUAUAUAAAUAUAUAUAUAAACAAUAGAGGGAUAAAUUAUUAUAGUUAAAUGGCGUCUGGGCGGGGGGGGGGGGAGGGGGGGGGGGGGGGGGGGGGGCGAUAGACUUUUUGUACUUUCUUUUGUAAUCUCGGCAGGCGGGUGGGUAGUGUUGUUUAAGAGGGACGUAGUAAGCAUGAACAUAAAGAGUCUUAAUGUGGGGUGCCCCGUUGUGUUUUGACCCUCAAAGGCAUUCCUUGUGGUACUGUACCCCCCUGACCCCAGCACCCCUCCAAAUCCAACCCCCAACCCACAAACUUUCCAAGCACAUGGGACGUUGCCAUAGUGACCCCCCCCCCCCCCCUCCAUUUCUUUUGUAAAGCAAAAAAAUAAUAUAAAGCACAGGAAACUGCAGUGGCUUUCUCCUCUACUUGAACCCUCCCCCCCCCCGCACCAACUCAUUGAGGUUGCUGUUGUACCUGUCAAUCAAUCAAUCAGUUAAAAUAACUUUGAAGAGCACACCGCCCCCAUCCCCCUGGCCCGUGUCAGUCCCCUCACAGGUCCUCAGAACAGUCUUUGUUUACAUCCCAGUUUGCACAAAAACCGACUCUGGAGAAGCAGGAUUUUGCAUUCCCCCCUCUUUCUCUCUCUCGCCCUCUCUUACUUGCACCCCCCUUCCUCCCCUUCAUUCCCCUUUACCGUUCUCCGUCAGCCCAACAUCGUCAACUGAUAAUUUCUUCCUGUUUUCAAAAUGUCCGCCUCUCCGAAACGAAAACGUUGUACGCUGAUUAGCGCUGGACGAGCCUCGGAUUGACUUUUUAUUCGGGGUGGAAAUCGGGCGUUUCGGUGCACAAACGGACAUAAAAGAGAAACCUUGAAAGGAUGGGGGACAGAUGAAAUGUCGAGGUAUGAACUUUUCAUAACGAUUUCAAAAAAGUGUGAAACAGGACUGCCUUAUCAGGAGAAAUGGAUUGUUGUUGCAGAUGGUUUAAGUAAAGCACAGACCGUGACAUUCCCCCACCACCCCAACCCCCCUGCUUGUCCCAAGCAGACGCCCAGAGUGGACAAUCUCUUCAUCAUCUUAACCUCAACGUCUCGUCCCCCCCCUGGAACUCUCGAUGAACUGUGUUUGUAAAAAAAAAAAGAUUCAGCAAAAAAUUAUGAAAAAAAUUAUUGAGAAAUGAAUUAGCUAAAUAAAAAUGUCUUGACAUGAAUCGUUUGAAGAGCUGGAAAAGGAAAAGAAAAACGGGCCUUAUGAAGUGAAAAAAAAAUUAUUCGGAAUUGUAGAGCCACCGUUUCCGAACUGUUAACUGUUGUCUUUAAAAGUUGAAAAGAGAAAAAAAAAAUAACGGAAAAUAUGAACGAGAUUUUAAGUCUAAAAAAGAGAAGUCAACCUGCAAAUUUUGUGUGUAAAUGUUCAAACAGUGCGUUCGUCCUUACGAGUGAAUUUACGAAGAAGAGCCAGUGUAUUAUAACCCCCCCUUUCAAAAGAAGCUCAAAACAUGACAUUUAAAAUAUUAAAAAAUAAAAACUCUUUUAACGCCGCUUGGCAGGAAGUGGCCGAGACAUCGCAACGUAUAAAACCCUCCAAUAAUGAGGCUGUGUUUCCGGAAGGUUCUUUGGAUCGUUGUGACCAAAACUUUAUUUGGUUUCCUUUUCUGAACACAGUUGUUAUGUGGUGCAGUGUCCUGCCGCUCCCGGCUCAGUGUUUUAGUUUUUUCGUUGAAUGAUUUGUUCUCGUUUUUAUUUUUUUUUAAUUUCAAGAGUCCUGUGUAAAAAUGAAUAAAUAAAAAGUAAUAAUUACCUCUGAAAAAUGACAAAAGCAGCUCUUAAAUAAUAUGAACUGUAGUUCUUGUUUUUGUUUGUUUUUUUAAAUAUACACUUGAGUUUAUGUGUUGA